AUGCCUCGCCAACGACCUGCCACCUCGGGCUAUGCACGCCUUGCCCAAGCCGAUGAGGACGACCGAGGCCACUCCGAUGACUCUGGAGAUGAGUCAUAUAGCAACCAUCCUCUAUCCACACGAUAUGCCGCCAUUCAGCCUGGGCCCCGGGAGCCUAUGCGCUCGACCGGCGGCCGCUCACCGAAACGACCCCUGCGAAGAGUGCGUACCAACUCGGGUGUCGACAUUAAAGCCAUCAACGCCAGACUAGAAAGAUGGGCCGAAGAAAUCGUCCACAAGUUCAAAAGCACUGGGAAAUCCGGCCGAGAGGAUACUGAUCAAAAGCUGGAAAUUCACCACUCCGUCUUCCAGGCACCCGAAGGUGUUCGGCCACUCACCCCCGAAGAGCUGAGAGCAUACCACGAUGAUGAUCGCAUGAGCAAGCAGCAAUUUGAUGACACGGUCGAAAGUGUGCGAGUGGCCAUUGAACUGGGCAUGCAUCCGAAAAUGAUUUCGAAGGGUAGCUCUGGCAGCUACUUUGCGAGGAACAGCGAUGGAAAAGUGGUUGGCGUUUUCAAGCCCAAAGAUGAAGAGCCGUAUGCUACUAGGAAUCCGAAAUGGACCAAAUGGGUUCACCGAAAUCUGUUCCCCUGGUUCUUUGGUCGAGCCUGCCUUAUUCCCAACUUGUCCUACGUCUCCGAAGCUGCAGCCUACGUUCUCGAUACCCAACUCCGAAUAAAUCUCGUACCCUACACCGACGUUGUCUACCUCUCCUCAAAGUCUUUCUAUUACGAUUUCUGGGAGCGCAGAAGCUCAUGGAGUGGGAAAAAGAGCCUGCCGGCAAAGCCGGGCAGUUUUCAAGUCUUCUUGAAAGGGUUCAAGGAUGCCAACAUGUUCCUCCGCGAGAAUCCCUGGCCCGAUCAGAAUACUGCCGACUUCCGACCUGACAUGGAACACAAGAGAAAACGGAGGCCUUUCGCAAGCUGUGUCCCUGGAGGCCAGGUCUCAGAUGAUGAGGACGAUGGUGCGGGACUUACCAGCCCGUCGCCUCAAGAGCCGCACAGAUUCAGCUGGACCCCCAAAUUGAAGCAGAGCUUCCGCGAAGAGCUGGAGAAGCUGGUUAUUCUAGACUACAUCAUGCGCAACACCGACCGAGGUCUUGACAACUGGAUGAUCAGGAUCGAUCAAAAGGCAGAAGAGGUCACUAUGGUUGCAGAACCUCCUGGUGCCAAUGGCACACUAUCUGCUGGCCAAUCCACGCCUCGUGCCAUUUCGCCUGGGCAGCGCACCGAGUCAAAUACAUCUCGCCCUUACCGGCGUUAUGAGGCCAUGGAAUCCAUCUCCCGCACCGGCACUCCUGUAACAGGCGACGCGUCUACCACAACCGUCAAGCUCGGUGCCAUUGACAACUCUUUGUCGUGGCCAUGGAAACAUCCCGAUGCCUGGCGGUCAUAUCCGUUUGGCUGGCUCUUCCUGCCCGUCUCCCUCAUCGGUCAACCGUUCACUCAAAAGACCCGGGACCAUUUCUUGCCUCUGCUCACUUCUACCGCAUGGUGGUCAGACACACAGCUGGCCCUGAGAAGGGUCUUUGCCAUGGACCCUGACUUCAAAGAGCGCAUGUUUGGUCGCCAGAUUGCUGUCAUGAAAGGCCAAGCCUGGAACGUGGUUGAAACUCUCAAGCAAGCGGACCAUGGUCCACUUGAGCUGACCCGCCGCACGCGUGUUUGCGUGUGGGACGACCUUGUUGAUGUUCCUGUUGCCAUUCCUAUGCGUGCCUCGAGUCCUGAGGCGGCCAAACGCACGCAGAAGAAGGUUCGCAUAGAGCAGGACGAGAUGGAUAUUGGCGCCUUCUCAACGACUGCACCUUCUCGCUCGGCACCAGUUGCCGACCUCCUCGGGUCGCCUUCCUUGAAUGACCUCCCCAAUCCCAACCGCUUCGAGCUCUCGCGUGACGAUGCUCAAGGCGAUCUAGCUGAUAUUGGUGAGGAGCCAGGCCCUAGCUCUGCGGCACCAAUGUCUCCAAUGUCGCUGAACGAGAGCUCUAUGAGUGGCUUCGCUGAUAUGCAUGCACGAGAAGCAAGAGAUAAUCUCUCGAACACCACUACAUUACCAGGGAGGCCCAAACCUCGCAUGGCCCCGAAUCGCUUCAGCUUCGAUUUUAGCCGCAGCUUGCCCAAGACAGGUAACAGGGGGCGGAGCAACAGCACCAGAAGUGGCAUGAGGCAAGCGAGCAUGAACUACGGGGCCGUAGGUGAUGACGACCUCGAGGGAGACCUCGGUUACGCGGCUGCAAGUGAUAUGGAGGGCCACAAGAGAAAGGUCAUUGUGGAGCGGCUAGAGACCGUAAAGGGCGGCACACCAUUUUUUACUUGGUGCUAG